AUGAAACCAAUACAGCAAUGGAGGAAACUACUCCAUGAAUGCGUGGCUCGCCGAAUCGAGGUAGAUGUCUUUUGCAAACUAGUCAAGAUAUUGGCAAGACGUGCGCCAUUACAGCAAGCAUAUCUGGUUGGCGUGCUUCUUGAGUCAAGGGCUGUUACCGCAGAUAUAUUUCCAUAUGACCCACUGAUACCACGCUAUGCUACUGCGCUGAGAAAGCUGGGUUUGAUCAGAACGGCAACCUUACUUGAUGGACUACGGAAACAGCCAUUCAUCGAGAGUCAGUCGACAGCGGAUGCAGAGCAAAGCCAAAAGACGGUGAACUCGUCGAUUCUCAUGACUGAUACCCGGAUUGUGCAAGAUUUGAUAGCGCCGCUGUCAUCGUCUAGUCCCUCUCUAGACACACAGGAUAUCCAGAGUAUAUUCGCGAUAACCGCAGAAUGGAUUCUGGACGUGGCCCGUUGGCAUACAAGCAAUAUUAAUGAUGAAAAUCAAAUGGGCGGCUUGAUGAGUUCGCCAGAUGCACUGGCGUUAUUUGAAUCGUUGGGAAUCUUGUUGGUUGCUCUAUCGGCAACAGCCAAGGGCCAUGAUGCUCUUGCCUCUGAAAGCACCUCGGACUUUAAGAUCCCACUUGGACAAGCUCUCACUGCAUACCUGUCCACAUCAGCCAGUAUAUCGCUGAAUUUGCGAAAUCGGCUUGACAGCUUACAAAAGGGCUACCAAUUAUACGGUGAACCACCAUCUAAAGAUCUCGACGUACAAAUGAUGGAUGGGAUGAGUACGAAUGCCCUUCAGUUUGAGGCAUCUGUGUUAGAUGGUCCAGUAAUCAAUUCCAGAGCUGGUCUUUAUAUCUAUAUCAAUGCUCUACUCAUUGGUCGACCUCUUAUUGAUGAUGAAAUGCUACUAAGCUAUUUAUCCAAUCGUUAUGGGGGUCAGCAAGAAGUGCUCAUUCAAGAGCUGAUUACCGCCACAUUCGAUGUACUGUCCAAUGCAAUGUACCGAAACGAAUCCACCCGGAAUAUGUUUGUAUUCCGUUCGUUUCUCGUCAACAAACUACCACCUUUCCUCGCCGGCAUGGCUGCAACCUCAAUCGAGCAAAUCCCCAUGGAAAUGUGUAUAAGUCACGCACUCAAUCGAGUUGACCCGAACGCAUUCCCAUCUUUUUCUCAAAUGUUUGAGAUGCAAGGAAACACCGUAUUGUCAGAUGUCCGACAAGAGUUUCUAUUUGCAUGCGCUCUUCAUCGCUUGAUUCCAGAAUCGAGCAUUGAGCGGUUAUUGGGUGAAAAUCCAAUGCAAACACUUCCUGUCGGUGGCAGAUAUGUCAAGAAUGAUAUCGUGGCCCAGAUUCUCUCAAACCAGGGGGCUGCAGAUCGUUUGAUAUCGGAGAUUGAGUUGAUGGAAGGCAAUGCAGGCGCCGUUGUCGCCGCAGUAACGGAUGUCAUAAAUUCACUUUGCGAACAAAAAGAAACGGUAACACUCAAGAGUAUUUGCGAUUCUCUCUCUCGACGUCCCCAAGUCCUCGACGUAAUGUUACUGUUUUGCAGUCCCAAAAGCAUAUUACAGCCUCUGUGCACGCUCCUAGACUCCUGGAAAUGGGAUGAGGACCAAGGCGAAAGCCAACCGGUGUACGACGAAUUUGGUAGUAUCUUGCUUCUUGUUAUGGCAUUCAAAUAUCGCUACGACCUCAGCCAGUAUGACCUCGGUGUUACCGCCAGCAGCUCGUUCGUAUUGAAACUCUUCGAACGAGGCUCGACUAGUAUGAAACUAGCUAGCCUUGAUGCUAAACAGAACAAGAGUGUUGGUGAUUGGAUAUCUGCGCUAUUCAUGUCAGAAGGAAUCAGCGAAGAGACAUGGUCAUCGUGCAGCCCACAGGAGUUUUAUUUGCUUGUAGCUACCUUGUUCAGCCAGACAUUGGGUGCGUGUGAGAUGGGAAUGCUCGAAUUGGACACUAUCAAAGGCGGCUUUGAAUAUUUACUCCAACCAUUUUUAUUACCGUCGUUGGUAUUUGCGCUUAAAUGGCUGGGAAACUACAUCUGGGAAUCGCCGGAGGCAGAUCUCUUACUUCUUCUGAAAGUGCUUCGUGCUCUUGUUAAACCAAACUCAAUAUCCGGGGAAGCAGAGGCAUGCCAUCAAACAGUACUGAACAUCGCCGCACAGAGCCUAGAGGAGCAACUGAAAGAUGUACGAACGCGACUACCUGGGGGUCGCUCAGAUCAUCAGUCUGAUAUUCAGCCAAAUCCAAACCAGGAUAUCCAACAAGAAAUCCAGUCCCUUCUGGAUAUCCUUGAACCGUACUUGUCCUUCCAGUGUAAUGGGAACAGCCGUCGGUCCGAGCUCGAUUCCUGGACUACACACACCGAUGGUAUCUGUGGUGUGAUAAGAGUGACGUUUCAGGGAUUGAUACUCUGGAGCGCAAGCGCGGAAAUGAGCAUGUCUCCUCAUGCGUACACGCAUCGACUGAUCCUAGUAGGCAUACGCUUAUCUACAGCGUCAAAUGUGCUAUCUGCUUUACUGGAUGAGCUCAGAGCCCAAGCCGAAGAAGCCAGUGGCAGUCUUGACCUGGCAAUUGACAUUGCAGCUACGUUGAUCUGCGCACCGAUCCCGGAAUCAUUUGCCCAGGAACAAACCAUAUACCACCCCAUAGACAGCACUAAAGAAGCCUUUCCGCGAUGUCUGCUUUUGACUCUCCGCCAGGCAUUGAUGAUACAGCAUCAGAACGUGCCCAGGCUAUCGGAGAAGGACCCUACACGCGCCGAGGUAAUAGUCAGAUUGACCCGUCGUGUCAACGCCCUUUUGACACCGCCAGCGCACGUCGGUACUAUCGACGUGACCAAUAUCAUUGAUAACAUGAACCUGGAAGCGGCAGCGGCAGCAGCAGGUCACGAUGUAAUCGAUCUCAACAACGGCAACGGCACUGGCAACGAUGGAGGAGCAGGCGCACCUGGCGAGUCCAUCGAUCAGAUUCUCAACAAUGUAGUUGCAGCAACCAGCAAUGACCACCAUGGCACUGGCAACGAGUCCCAGGACCUUGAUGUUACGGGCAUGGAUACAAGUUUGGAUGAUAUUUUGAAUGCGGCGCAUAUGGGCAAUCCUGAGUUUUUGGAUCUGGAUAUGGAUGGGAUGUUUUGA